AUGAAUCUGCCUCGAUACCUGCUUGUCCUGUCCGUCUGCGUCCCAGGCUUGCUGGCCUCACCAGUAACACCAAAACUUGGUGCUGUGUGGCAGUUCAGGUCGCUGAUAAUCUGCAUGAUGCCUGACAGCUGGCCGCUGCGGGACUAUGCUGACUAUGGAUGCUAUUGUGGCCUUGGAGGCUCUGGUACCCCUGUUGAUGAUCUUGACGGAUGCUGUCAGAUCCAUGACAAGUGCUACGGUGAUGCAAUGAAGUAUGAUGAAUGCUUGUCAGUAUUUCAUAAUCCUUACACUAAAACAUACAGCUACGACUGUGACCGCGCAAACAUGAAUGCCACCUGUCUGAGUGACAACAGUCUCUGUGAGAUGUUCAUCUGUAACUGUGACAGGAGUGCAGCCAUGUGCUUUGCCAAGGCAGGCUACAAUCCCGAAUAUAAGCACUAUCCCAGCGAACUCUGCAAGUAA